AUGGCAUUCCUCCAUAAAAGCUUAGCAGUAUUAGGAGUGAUUUUCAUUUCACCUGUCUUAGUACCAGCGCUGUUUUUGGCACGGUUGUUCUAUGACUUUCUCCAUUCAGACCUGCCACCUGGAAUUGACCAACCUCUAAAGCUUCUCUUCUACCAUUCGCUGUUGAUGACCACCAUGGUGCUGGGAAAGAUUUUGGAGAAGCUCGGGAUCUGCAGUGAUUUAAGCUUAUUGCGACUUGUGGUGGAUGGAAUACCACCAUGGAGAGAUUCAAAUCUUGUUAUCAAAGACCUCAAAGUAGACGAGGUACCACUGAGGAUUUAUCAGCCCAAGUGGCCACCUGCUGGCAAAAGAAAAGGAAUACUGUAUUUUCAUGGAGGAGCUGGCACAUUUGGGAGCAUUAGAGCCUUUGAAAGAAUUUGUCGCUAUAUCGCCAAGAAGUGCGACUCAGUGGUUGUGUCUGUUGGCUAUCGCUUGGCUCCUGAACACCCAUAUCCUGGGCAAUAUUCUGAUUGUCUCAACGCUACCUUAUACUUCAUGAGGAAUUUAGAUGAGUAUCACGUGGAUCCUGCUCUCAUCAUCCUUGGUGGUGACAGCUGUGGAGCCAAUUUUGCCACGGUUAUUUGCCAAAUACUGGUGAAUAAAAGAAAUCUCCCAAAAGUACGUGCACAGAUCUUAUUGUAUCCAGGACUACAGGGGCUAGAUUUUCAAUUGCCUUCCUAUCAGCAGAAUGCUUCAGUCCCCAUAUUAUCUCGGAAGCUAGUCAUCUACUUCUGUUUUCGUUACCUUAAUAGAAAACCAUCAUAUUUUGAAGACAUCAUACAAAACUGCCACGUUCCUGAGAGCAUGAAAUGGAAAUACAAAAAAUGGAUAAGUGCUGACAAUAUUCCUGAUGAAUUCAAGAUUAGAGGCUACAAACCUCAGAAGUACACUUCAUAUAAACCCGAAGUCCAUGAAGCAAUCAAAGAAGUGCUAGCAAUGACAUUUUCCCCUCUUUUAGCUGAAGAUGCCAUCAUUUGCCAGCUCCCAGAAUCCUAUAUUGUGACCUGUGAGUUUGAUGUGCUUAGAGAUGAUGGGCUGUUAUACAAGAAGCGAUUAGAGGACAACGGCAUUCAAGUAACCUGGUAUCAUUCUGAGAGUGGUUUCCAUGGCAUUUUAGCCUUUUUUGGCUAUGGGAUUUUUUCCUUUUUAUCUGGAGAAAAGAUAAUGGAUAAUACUGUGAAUUAUAUAAACAGUCUAUGAAAGUAUUUUUCAGAAAAACGAUGCAGGCCUUACACUAUCCUUGGUGAAUUUAUGCUUGGCAAAGAAGGAUUUAUGUUUUAUACAUUUUACAUAUACAUUUGAUUUAG